CUCACUUCUUCGCGCUUCUGAGGAAGGCGGUGCUGGCGGGGGAGCUGCGAGCUCGAGUCCCGCGUUGGGCUCCGCGGGCUGGCGUGGGAGGGAGGCCGCCGCCCGGCUCGCCAGCCCAGGACCCGGGUCCGCGGUGCACGGGACAGGCAGAGGCAGGAGGGUCGUCGCCAGUGGAGGCCAGCUUGGGCCCGGUCAUUUGCGUAUCUUACAAUUAAAGACAGAAUGCCACAGAUCUUGACUAAGGCUAUUGAUACAUUGCAUCGACAUAAAAGUGAAUUUUUUGAAAAGCACGGAGAGGAAGGCGUGGAAGCUGAAAAGAAAGCCAUUUCUCUUCUUUCCAAAUUACGGAACGAAUUGCAGACAGACAAACCAAUUAUCCUGUUGGUUGAUAAAUGUGUUGAUACUGAUAUAUGGAAUCAGUACCUAGAGUAUCAACAGAGUCUUUUAAGUGAAAGUGAUGGGAAACCCCGCUGGUUCUUCUCAUCAUGGUUGUUUGUAGAAUGCUACAUGUACCGUAGAAUUCAUGAAGCCAUCAUCCAGAGUCCACCAAUCCAUGACUUUGAUGUAUUUAAAGAAAGCAAAGAUGAGAAUUUCUUUGAGUCACAGGAGUCAAUCGCUAUGUUAUGCUCAUACUUGCAACAGUUGCCAAGACCACUCAAAGACCUGGAGGAAAACCAGCUGAAAGAUGAGCUUUUUAAACUUCUGCAGGUUUCUCUCUGGGGGAACAAAUGUGAUCUGUCUCUGUCAGGUGGAGAAAGUAGUUCUCAGAAAACCAAUGUGAUCAGCUCUUUGGAAGACCUAAAACCGUUCAUUAUAGUGAAUGACAUGGAAUGUCUCUGGUCAUUGCUUAGUAAAUGCAAGAAAACUAGCGAAAAAGCGGCUGUAGUUCGAGUGGAUAUUGUUCUGGAUAAUUCUGGAUUUGAACUUAUUACAGACUUAAUAUUAGCUGACUUCUUGUUGUCCUCUGAAUUGGCUACUGAGAUUCAUUUUCAUGGAAAAAUGAUUCCGUGGUUUGUUUCUGAUGUUACUGUACAUGACUUCAAUUGGACAAUUGAACAAGUAAAACACAGUAAUCAUGAGUUGAUGUCCACAUGUGGGGUUAACUGGGAGAACUAUAUUAAAAUAGGAAGAUGGAUUUACCAUGAUCAUAUAUUUUGGACCCUGCCUCACUCAUACUGUGCAAUGCCCCAGGUGGCCUCUGACUUAUAUGCAGAAUUACAAAAGGCAUGUUUAAUUUUUUUCAAGGGUGACUUGAAUUACAGGAAGUUGGCAGGAGACAGAAAAUGGGGGUUUACGGUUCCAUUUCAUCAGGCCCUGAGCGGCUUCCACCCUGCGCCUCUGUGCAGCAUAAGAACGCUGAAAGCCGAGCUUCAGGUUGGGCUGCGGCCUGGACAAGCUGAGCAGCUCAUGGCUUCCGAGCCCACCUGGCUGACCACUGGCAAGUUCGGAGUAUUUCAGUUUGAUGGUCCUCUCUGACUUGGCUCUGGACUUCCCAGGUGUGCAGAAAGGGCUGAGAUUCACCUUUCACCCAGAAAACAGUGCAUGACCCUGACUAAGCCGCGGUUGUCGGCAUUCCUUUACUCUGCCCUGUGGAGGACGUUUCCCUGGAGCAGUUUGCCCACUACAGUGUUUUGGGAAUACAGGGUUUUAAGCUAAUUAGGGAUAUUUACACUUCUGUUGGAAUUUUAGUAUCCAUUUCAACUUAAAUGCAUAAUUUCAAGUGAAUUAAUGACUGCAUUUUAAUUGGGGAGAAUGCAGAAAUUAAGUGAAUUUUGCCUUUAAGUUAAUCUUUUUUUUUUCCUCUUAAAUGGUAGACUGCAUGGUAUUUAAUAUCCAAAGAAACCUAAAAUAUUAUUUAACCUAAUAAUUGGGCUCUUGAAAUAAUGGCUCAGUGAAAACAUGCAUUUUAAUAACUCUGUAAAGAGGCAUUCCUUGCAACUGUGAUGCUCAGCAUAUAAAGUCAGACUUCCCUUUUAUAGCUGGUUGUAUUUGCACACACUUGUAUCUUGAUUGAUCUGUGAAAUGGACGUUACAAAACACAGAGCUGAACAGAAUGGAACACAGCAGUACUUGAGGAAGCACAGUAUCUACAGUCUGGUACAAUGUGCGUGACUGGAAUUACCACCGCAUGGGUGCUUUAACUUAGAGGUUUAGUUUGCAGUUUUAGAAAAAUGUUUUAGGUAGAAAUGAUUGUUGUUCAUUGAAUUUAACUACUACAAAGCAUGGGUUCAUUUUUUUAUACUAUACAUUUUAUUGUUCACCACCACAGAUACUGAAGUCUGAAAACUCAUGUCAGUUUGUUUUGAAACUGAAAUUGGAAAUAAACCUGGAAGAAUUGUUUUCUUGUAUUGGAAUAAUAAAAUGAAUUCUGUU